AUGUCUCGCCGAACUUCGCACGAAUGUUUCUCUUCUACUUUUGAAAGUGAUAUCAUAUCUUUGACAAAAGAAAAUAAAGUUUCUACUUAUCGUACCGAGCAUUUUCAAGCUGAAUCCAAUAAUAAAUUUACAGUAUUUAAAUCUGAAUCGCAUAAUCAUGAUCAACGUAAUGAUACAACUCGUCUCAAAUCGCCUAUUCUGGAUAGUGUUCACCAAAUGUCGAAUAAAGGUAUGACACAAACACAAAUCAGAAAAGUUGUGUCAGUAAUUCAUCCAAGUUUAACCGUACGCACAAAAAUUAAAAAUAUUGUUCAGUAUAGUCGUUUAAAAACUCGUAAAGAUAAAUUGCAUGACGUAUUUGUGCCAUAUUAUGAAGCUAUUGAUAUUAAUCAUAGAUUUACUUUUAUUACUACACGUCAGCUAUUAUCUGCGUGUAAAUAUUCAUCUGCAUUGGCUAUUGAUUGUACAUAUAAAAUAACAUGGAAUGAAUUACCUUUACUCAUUUUUGGAACAUCAGAUUUAAAUCGUCAUUUCCAUCCAUUAGGAUUAUGUUUAAUAUCAACAUAUGAAUCAGCAGAUAUAUUUAAAACUUUAUUUCGUGUAUUAAAAUCAUCUGUACCACUAAUCAUUCAACAGCCAUAUGAUACUCAUGUUAUGGCUGAUGGUACUGCUGGCAUUACAAGUCGUGAACAUCGAAAAUUGGUAGUAGAUAAAGAAAAAUGGUUGGCUAUUGAAAAAGAUAUCGUCAGUUUACAAUUAGUUUUUAAUGAUCAUUUAUUUGAUAGCGCAGCUAGUUUGAUGAUAAUGAAAUGGACUGCUGAGAAAGACCCUGAUGCAUUUAGAAAAUAUGUUGAAAACCAGUGGUUAUUAUCAUUACCAUUUUGGUAUGAAGGUAGUGCAAAUCUUAGUCCAUCUACUAAUAACGGUCUUGAAUCGUUGAAUCAUAAAAUCAAACAAAUGUACACAUUACGUAACAAAUUGUCAUUGUCAUCAUUCUUACAAACAGCUGAACGUGCAUAUCAAUGGUUACAAAAACUUGAUCAAACAAAAGUAUUACAUUUAGGUGCAGCUAGUUAUGUUGUACCUUCUUCUGAACAAAAAAUGGGUACAUCAUUAUGGGUACAAUAUUAUCAUAGUAUGUCUUGGAAUUCGUACGAUGAAUUAAUUGACUGGUUAAACUCUGCGCGUUUAGUUGAUUUUCUCGUUUGA